CUUAUUUCACAAAGAGAGACUUCUCGGUCGGCAAAAAAUAAUUCACAGGUCGCGUCAACUGUGUGUGAUUGCCGAAAAAGAGGCUAUUGUACUUAAGAUUACAAUAAUUUGAACUAAAUUUGAUUCAUUGAAGUGCUUAAUGUUAUCAGUUACUGUCGAAUUAUUAAUUUUUUUAAGCUUCACUUAAUUGUCGCGCGACAUCAUUAAAGAACUCACCACAUUUAAGUGCAUUAUUAAAAAGCUAGAAAUACUCAUUUAUGCUCUCAGUAGCGAUUUAUAAGUCGACCGAUUAAGUUAAAAAAAAAGUUUUUGUGAAAAGGAAAUGAAAUAAUAUUUUGUGGACGUAAAAAAGUAUGUGACUAAAUAAUAAUAUUUCCGAGUAUCAAGUAACGAUUUUUACCUAGUGCAUGUCUAUAUUUAUCGUGUCAUAUAGCAAAUAAGAAAGAAAAAGUGAAUUGAUUUUUAAAAAUAUAACAAAAAGAAAAAAUAAUCCUCAAAUUUUGAGAGUGCAGCAGCAGCAAACAAGAAGACUUUGACAAAGUUGCGAAAUUAUAUUAUUUGUGCAUAUAUAUUUUUUUCUGCUUGAAAGACAAUUAGAUACUCGCCAAGAUUUCAUUUGACAAUUGUAUAUGCACGUACAGUAUAAUUAAUUAUUAUGAAAAAUUUUAAUUUAAAUUCAACUGAAAAUGAUCAAACGAUAAAGGAUCUAAGCUAUAAAGAAGUUGUCAUCAUAGGAAAUGGACCAAGUGGAAUUACGCUUUCAUAUUUCUUGGCUGGCAAUUGGCCUUAUUGGAAACCAGAAGAAAUCUCACAGCAUCCAGAUGAGUUGCUUCGUGCAAGAUUGAAUUUUGCAGACGAGAAUGUGAGCUUAAUGGAACAUAAUUUACAUGAGCUUGCUCAAGGUCUUGAAGGCAGAACUACCAAUCCCGUGUCCCUUUUGUUUGAUAACUUGCAACAUCCUGGUGCUGAUUUUGGAAUGAAAUUACCCUGUAUGCUCAAAUUUAAACAUCAUAAAGAUAAAGAAAUUGAUCAUGUGGUGCUGGGAAAAGGAAAAGCAGGUGGUUCAUGGCAUCGUAUGGACAAAAAUCUACGUACAUUGAGUCUCUCAACGUGGAUGUCCUUGCCCAACUUAAAUUUUGACGACUGGCUAGCAAUGCGCAACGUUAACGACGCUGACUCGUGCCAAUGCAAUCAAAAUAAUUGUAAAAGAGAUGAAAAAGCGAAUGAAAAUGCACAUCUUAAUUCAAGUUCGCAUAAUUUAAACAAUUUGACGACAGCAGCAAAAAAUCGUAAAAAAAAUUGCAUACAUGAAAGUACAAUAAGCGAAGAAGUUAAAACUAGAGCACUUGUACAUGAUGUUGCAGAAUAUUACGCCGACUACGUUCAUCUUAUGAAACUAGACAAAUUUUUCAGGAAUGACACAGUUGUUGUGAGCAUUCGACAAAUUAAAGAGAAUGAAAAGUGCAAAUUUUCAACAAACGACGCUCGUUGGGUUGUGCAUGGAUAUGAUAGAGCAAACAAGAAACCAUUUUCGAUAGCAUGUAACAAAGUCGUGAUGGCAAAUGGUGGAAGUGAUAUUCCAAAUAGAUUGGGUGUAAAGGGCGAGAGUAAGUCAGUGUCAUGGCUGAAAUAUGAACUACCAUUACUGGAAAGUGCUAUCGAGUGUGAGAAAUUGAAUGCUGUAAAGAUAUCAAAUGUUAAGCCAAUAUUAAUAGUUGGGGCAGGACUUUCUGCAGCCGAUGCUAUAGUUGCGUGUAGGAAUGCGGGACUCAAAGUUAUUCAUGUCUAUCGAGGCAUGGCUGCUGGUUUUAUGGGAUUGCCAGAAGCUUAUUUUCCUGAAUAUAAUUUGGUUUAUCGUAUGAUGAGGAAUCCAAGAGAGAAAUAUGAUCUAUAUCAAGCAAUACCUGAGAGCACGUUAAAGGAAAUAAAAACAGUAAAUGGAUGUCACUAUGUGACAGUACAAAAAAGUAAUAAUGAGGAGCUCACAUUUGAGGUCUCAUAUUGUGCCAUACUUAUUGGCUCUCGUCCGAAUUUAUCAUUGAUCAGUAAUUUACCUAAAGAUAGUAAUUCUUUGAAUAAUGAUAACAAUAGCCAUAACAAUAUUCUUAGUAAAUUAGAUAAUAGAAUGACAAAUGUUAAUGAUAAUAAUAAUAAUACUGAAAUUAAUACUGACAAUUUUGCUGUUAGAAGUUUAAGGCGAUUGAAAAUAUUUUGCGACAAAUGUCGACAUUUGAACAUUUGUUUUGGAAACAGAAAUCGAAAUCUUCUUAAUAGUUUUAUUGAAGAUAAUAAUAAUGUCCAGAAAAAUUGUCCACAGCAGAAAUAUUGUGAAUGUGAUUAUCUAUCGGCAGUUGUUGAGCACAAGCAACAAUGUAAAGUGGAUGAUUCCGGUCAUGGAAUUGGUGAGGAUCCAAAAAAGUCAGUCGAUUGUAAAAAUAAUCCAAUUGCUGUAAACAAAUUCUCAAACGAGUUACUCAACGUUCCUGGUAUUUUUGCAAUGGGACCACUAGUUAAAGAUAACUUUAUACGGUUCAUUCCUGGAGGCUCGUUAACGAUAGCUUCAUUUAUCUUCAACGAGCGAGCGACGUUAGCUAAGUGAACAUACAUGAAAUUACCAUAAAACACGUAAAGGAAAUUGUUACCAACUUAUAGACUGUAAAUUAAUUCUUUUUUUCACCUAAUACAUUUUUUGGAAGCGCAUUUUUGCCGAAAUAUUUGUAUUCUCUUUGAAAAGACCACGCGUCUACAAUUAUUAUAACAAAUUAGGACUAAAUUAUUGAUUAGAAAAAAACUCUUUUUAUCAAAAAUUGAGAAAAUUAAGACUUAACAAAAUUUUUCUAUGAGAAUUAAACUAAUUAAAAGAAGCUUCUAGACAUUAAAAAAAUUGUUGGUUUUUAUUAUUCUUAAGAAAUCGAUUUUAAAUUAAAAUUUUUUGGCUUGUGGAAGCUUUCGUGACUGCUGCGUCGACCAAAGCUAUAAUCGAGUAUUUUUCAAUGAUUCAUCAGAAUUAAAUAUUUAUUUUUUUCGGGUCGUUCUUGGAUGGCGUCAUUUGAAGGUAAAAAGCUACUUGAUAUUUUGCGACAGAAAAGAUGAUAUUGACGUCAUUUAUGCAAGACCCUUAAGGAUUAUGGAAAUUUUUUAUUUACAUAUUUGAGUAUUUUUGAAUUGUGUUCCUCAAUAAUUGAGGAAUUUUGGAAAAUCGAUGCAUUGCAUUGAGUUUAAUGACUAAGCUAAUAUUUGUUUGGUAAUGAUAAGAUUUUUUAAUUUCGAAUUUUCCAUCCCAAAAAUAAAUUCUUUAUAUUGAGAAUGAUUUCAGUUUAAGUUUGUAUGCAGUUUUUGGAAAUGAAAUCAAUCUUCAAGUUCUGAACGAAAUUUGAUAUUUUAGGCUUAAGUUAAUUCUAAAAAUAUUUCCUGCCCACUUUGAGCUCUGUAAACAUUUCCAUUUGAAAAGAAUUCAUCACAUUAAUAACUUUAAAUAAGGGAAGAUUCUGUCAUGAUUAAGAAAAAUUAAACUUUAAAGCACUAGAUUUCUCUCGUUUGAGAAUAAAAAUAGAGACGAGGAAAAUUACCCUGAAUGAAUCUAUUAACUUUAAACAUCAAAUUACCAUAAUGUUAUCAUUAAGUAUUCAUGAUGAUAGUUAGCAGCUAAAUUAAUUUUAAUAUUAUCCUCAGUAGUAUAGUGGUGAGUAUCAUCACAAUUUGUUGAGCAAAAAUGCGCUUUUAGUCAUCAAUCAUCUGAAAUGGCUCUUUAAUAUUUUUCUCUUUUUUUUUGUUAACAUCGUGACGAGAGUCCUUAUUUAAUAAUGAAUCAGAAACAUGAUAAUCUGCGAUAAACGUUCAUAUUGAUACAUAUACAUUAAAUGUAGUGUAAAACCAUGGUCACACCCAGCCGUCGACCGAGCAUUUUCCCUGCACAAAAUUGAGAUUUUUUGAAAGUAAUUAAGAGUCGAUUCGUUAUGAUUUAUAUUGACAGAUACAUGAUAUGGAAAAAUUUUUGGGAAAAUGUGCUAAAAUUAUUAUUAACAUUGCCUUAAAAAAAAGAAAACGACAUAUUUUAUUAGAUGAAAAAAAAAAAAUCUAAUUUUUGUGAUGUUACAAUCGAUGAUCAAAAUACUAAUAUUCUACCUUAAACCUAAUCAUUCCAAAACACACGUAUAUUUACAUAUUUGAGAAAGAAAGAAAAAUGAACAAGAAAAACAAAAUAUUUGUAUCGAUAAGAAAAAAGAAAAGAAAAUGAAAAAGUUUUUGUUUGCAAAUAAAAAAUUGAUUUGAAAAAGAUUUUUUUUUGAUGACUGC